UGUGCACCGGUGUGGUGCAGUGCAGUGCAGCCUUCUCUGCCCUCCCAAAAAAAAAAACUGAAGAAAAAAAUCCAAAAAAAUUUAAGUAUCUCCGCCGUAUCCCUCAUCCGUUCCGAUCACCGGCGGGUUUAUCAUUAGUCCAUUUACACGCUCAAAGAAGAAAAAUCCCAAAAAAAAAAAAUUGAAAUUAAUUUUCAAUUUAUAUCUUUUUUGAGAACUGUGAAGUGGUUCGGUUAGGGUUUAAUUUUUAUUAAUUUAUUAUUAUCAUCGAUUUGAAGUGGUGAUGGCUCAGGUUCAGGUUCAGCAUCAAACUCCCGCCGCCGUGUCGGCUCCUUCGAACGGCGUGGUUGCCGCACCGAACCCGAACUUCGUUACGACGUCAUUGUACGUUGGUGACCUUGACCUAAAUGUCAGCGAUUCUCAGCUUUACGAUCUGUUCAAUCAGGUUGGCCAAGUCGUUUCGGUUAGGGUUUGUAGGGAUUUGGCUUCGCGUCGUUCACUUGGUUAUGGUUAUGUUAAUUUCAGUAACCCUCAGGAUGCGGCUACGGCUUUGGAAAUGCUGAAUUUUACUCCACUGAACAGCAAAUCCAUUAGGGUUAUGUAUUCUCAUCGGGAUCCUAGUAUUAGGAAGAGUGGUACUGCAAAUAUUUUUAUCAAGAAUUUGGAUAAGACAAUUGAUCACAAAGCUUUACAUGAUACUUUUUCUACUUUUGGACAUAUUUUAUCUUGCAAAAUAGCUACUGACGGUUCGGGUCAGUCUAAAGGUUAUGGUUUUGUUCAAUUUGACACUGAGGAAUCUGCUCAGAAUGCAAUUGAUAAGUUGAAUGGCAUGCUGAUCAAUGAUAAACAGGUGUAUGUGGGUCAUUUCCUACGUAAGCAAGAUAGAGAUAAUGUUUUUAGUAAGACAAAAUUUAAUAAUGUCUACGUGAAAAACCUAUCUGAGUCAUUCAUGGAAGAUGAGUUGAGAAAAGUAUUUGGAGAGUAUGGCACCAUUACUAGUGCUGUUUUGAUGAGAGAUGCAGAUGGUAGGUCAAAGUGUUUUGGUUUUGUCAAUUUCGAAGAUCCAGACGAUGCUGCUAAUGCUGUGGAGGCAUUGAAUGGAAAGAAAUUUGACGACAAGGAGUGGUAUGUGGGAAAAGCUCAGAAAAAAUCUGAACGGGAGCUUGAGCUGAAAGGUCGGUUCGAGCAGACUGUUAAGGAAUCUGUAGACAAAUUUCAAGGUGUAAAUUUGUAUCUCAAGAAUUUGGAUGAUUCCAUUAGUGAUGAAAAGCUCAAAGAAAUGUUCUCUGAGUUUGGCACAAUUGCUUCAUACAAGAUUAUGCGAGAUCCAAAUGGAGUCAGUAGAGGAUCAGGAUUUGUUGCAUUUUCAACUCCUGAGGAAGCAUCAAGAGCUCUUGGAGAGAUGAAUGGUAAAAUGAUUGCCAGCAAACCUCUUUAUGUUGCUGUUGCACAGAGGAAAGAAGAUAGAAGAGCAAGGUUACAGGCACAAUUUUCACAAAUGAGGCCUGUUGCAAUUACACCUUCUGUUGCACCCCGAAUGCCACUCUACCCUCCUGGUGCUCCUGGUCUUGGACAACAAUUUAUGUAUGGGCAGGGGCCUCCGGCCAUGAUUCCUCCACAAGCUGGAUUUGGAUAUCAGCAGCAGCUUGUUCCUGGAAUGAGACCUGGUGGUGGUCCGAUGCCAAGUUUCUUUGUUCCAAUGGUUAAGCAGGGCCAACAAGGCCCUCGCCCAGGUGGGCGCCGCGGAGCUGGUCCUGGUCAACAACCCCAGCCGCAAGGGCCAAUGAUGCAGCAGCAGAUGAUUCCAAGGCAACGCAUUUAUCGCUACCCUCCUGGCCGCAACAUGCAAGAUGUCCCUCUUCAAGGAGUUGCUGGAGGAAUGAUGUCCGUCCCAUAUGACAUGGGUGGUCUUCCAAUCCGUGAUGCUGUAGGCCAACCAAUGCCCAUUCAGGCUUUGGCUACAGCACUCGCGAAUGCUCCCUCCGAACAACAGAGGACUAUGCUUGGGGAGGCUUUGUAUCCGCUUGUAGAUCAGCUGGAACAUGAUGCAGCAGCUAAGGUUACUGGCAUGCUUUUGGAAAUGGACCAGCCUGAAGUGUUGCAUCUGAUUGAAUCACCAGAUGCUCUCAAGGCCAAAGUUGCGGAAGCCAUGGAUGUGCUUAGAAAUGUUGCUCAACAACCGGCAGAUCAACUAGCCACACUCUCUCUCAAUGACACCCUUGUGUCUUAGAUCCUAUUAAUCAGUCAACAGGAAUCCUUAAAUCAAUCAUAUCACCCGUUUGUUUUUGUCGUUGUCUUUUAGAUUGAUGUUAGUCAGUACUACAGAAGUUAUUAUGUUCUUUGUACGUUGCUUUUUAUUUAUUUUUGUUUCCGCCGUGUUUUAGGAUUCCAACCCUUGGAUUUCUUAUUAUUAGCUUUAUGGAUUUAUGGUUUGCGUUAUUUC